UCUCUCUCUCUCUCUCUCUCUCUCUCUCUGAAAAUGGCAAUGGCAAUGGCCUUGAUCAUCUCCAUCAUCAGCAUCAUUAGCACAAAUACAAAGGCAGAAGACCCAUAUUAUCUAACCUUGGAUUACUACUCAAAAUCAUGUCCCACUGCUUUGGAGAUUGUACGGUCCGAGAUGGAGUGUGCCGUGCUCUCCGACCCACGUAACGCAGCUUCCAUCAUACGGUUGCAUUUCCACGAUUGCUUCGUUCAGGGCUGCGAUGGGUCGAUAUUGCUAGACGACACGAUCACACUCCAAGGAGAAAAGCAAGCCACCUCCAACGUGAAUUCUCUGAGAGGAUUCGAACUCAUCGACAGAAUCAAGAACAAGCUCGAGUCGGAGUGCCCGGGCAUCGUUUCUUGUGCAGAUUUACUCACAUUAGCAGCAAGAGAUGCAACAAUUCUGGUUGGUGGGCCCUACUGGGAUGUCCCACUGGGUAGAAAGGAUUCCAAAACUGCAAACUUGGAUCUAGCAAAUUCAAACCUCCCAACAGCUGAUCAGGACCUUCCUUCUCUCAUAGCCUCGUUCCUCUAUCAGGGGCUUUCAGUCACAGAUAUGGUGGCUCUUGUGGGUGCACAUACGGUUGGCAUGGCCCGCUGUGAGAACUUCCGGGCGAGGAUCUACGGAGAUUUUCAGUCGACGGCGGGCGUUGAUCCCCUCAGCGAGGCAUACCUCAACAAGCUGAAAUCCAUCUGCCCUGCGAACGGCCAAGGCAAAGACAACAUCAGUCCAAUGGACUACCACACACCAAACCUUUUUGACAACUCCUUCUACCAUCUCCUCCUGCAAGGAGAAGGGCUAUUGAACUCAGACCAGGAAAUGCACACUAGCUUCAUGGGAUUCGAGACAAAGGAACUCGUCCAAAAGUACGCCAAAGACUCGCUAGCUUUCUUCCAACAAUUCUCCGAUUCAAUGGUGAAGAUGGGCAAUAUCACUAAUCUCGAGAGCUUCACCAACGGCGAAGUGAGAAAGAAUUGCAGAUAUGUGAACACUUGAGGUGUUUUCUUUCUA